AUGGCUACCGAAGCCCUGGAUAGUGGACCUGUUGGCCCAUCCGACACUACAGUUGAUCUGACCGCAGCCACCGAUAGCGAAACUGAAGACGAAGGCCAUGAGCCCUGCGACUUGUCGUCGAAUGAAUACAAAAAAUACGUGGUUGGAACAGAUAUCAAGAAACUCCGACUUGGGGUGGCGGCUGCUUGCCAAGUGUGUAGUAUUGUGUUUGAUGCUAUUACGACCUAUAGCACUGGACGACUAUGUAUGGAUAGCAUGACAAGAGUCAAAAUGCUAGCGGACAGUUGGCGCAUAUGGAUUAUCAAAGGCGAAGAUGAAAGAACAGAACUAGAGCUAUUUCGAUUACAAGGUCAGGAGCUACACACCCAACCCGGUCUUUCAUCCUCCAAACUACCUAUUCCCACCAGGAGACUUCUUCCAGGAGACACAUCUUCUGAUGAAACUCUUCAAACAUUGCAAAAUUGGAUCGAAACCUGUGUUGAGCAUCAUGAGACUUGUGCUGGACACAAGAUCAACAAAUUACCAAAACGUGUCCUUGAGAUAGAUGGAGAGCAUGUCUAUCUUCGCGAACAUUCAAAAACAACAGCCAUGUAUGCUUGUCUGAGUCACUGUUGGGGCCCAUCAGGCCCAGCACUCAAGCUAGACAAGACGACUUCCAGUGAUCUGUUCGACGGCAUACUUAUCGAUCGACUACCGAAGACCUUUGCAGACGCUGUUCGUCUAUGUGCAAGACUUAAUCUUCGCUUUUUAUGGAUUGAUGCAUGCUGUAUCAUGCAAGACGAUGAAGAUGACUGGAAAGAAGCGGCAGCGACGAUGGCAAUCAUCUAUGAGCGAGCUCAUCUGACCAUUGCGGCUACUUGGGCUAGUAACAGUGACUGUGGUUUGUUUGCGUCAGAUCGAAAACGAUACAGGGCCAGAAAAUUAACGGCUCACGAGCUCUACAUACAGGAAAUACGCGGAUUCUUCCCACCACCAGAUGAACCAGGUUAUCCUGAGUUUCCACUUCUAAGCAGGGCUUGGGUGUACCAAGAGCGACUUUUGUCGUCGCGGAUGGUUCAAUUUAGUAAGGACCAGAUCUAUUGGCAAUGCCCCACUCGCUUCAUCUCGGAGAAUGGGAUGACCUUCAAGGACGUGUACACAUGGACCAACACUUCAAGCUUGGAACUCUUUGAAGUCAUUGAGGAUCCAGUCGACCGCUGGCACAAGUUGGUGAACAUGUAUUCUGGUCUGGACUUAACGUAUGCAAGCGAUCGGUUACCCGCAAUCGCUGCCAUAGUCGAACGAGAAAUGCGGCUACGUCUAGACGAUGUAUACAUUGCUGGCAUGUGGAAGAAAAGUCUGCUCUCCGAUCUCGCCUGGAGGUCGUUUGAAAGUUGGACGCCGCCAGCGCGGUGUCCUCAAAUCCGUUCUCCAACAUGGGCAUGGCCAUCUUCACAAAUGCAUGUUUGUUGGUUGAGCGGAUCACUCGAACCAUGCUUGAGACUGAUGGACCUGUCAUACACUUACGUUGGACCGGCGCAUGUUGGCGAAGUCACACAUGCUAGCAUCUCAUUGGAAGGCCAUACAUACACUAUUCGGUUGAAGGAAGCCAUCAGGUGGGAUCUAUUUGAGUCAGUACCGUGCUUCGAGAUAGUUCCUCGUUCAACUUCGGACGUCAGGCUAAAAACAUGGAGUGCACGUAUGGACUUCGACUGGUCCACUGGUGAUCGGCCGGUCAGGGUUGGAGAUGAUUUCGUCGUUUUGCCGACCAGUCUGUCAGAAGAAGCUUCUUAUAUGGGGCUCAUUCUUAAAGAGGUCACCAAUGGCGUCUUCGAGAGGAUAGGAACUAUCGAGAUUGAAGCCGUUUCUCAGUCGGAGAUGACCACUCUACAAAGGACUUGGAGGAUCUGUGAAUUCGUUGAGGCAUUGCCAAUUCGACAGGUCAAGAUUAUUUGA